AUGCGUUGUGCAGAAGUGUGUGCUCCCCGCUUAAGUUAAAAAAGAAGAGUGGUACAUACUUACAUACAUUCAUUGUGCCGGACACCGGCAGUAGAACUUGUGACUUGUGAGUAGAACGUUUUCGAGGUGACAAAUCACUCUUCAUAAGAAUAUAUCAUACAUGAAGAGAAACAGAAUGGUCGCGUGUUCGUCGUAACACGUGCGUCUUAUGUACCGAGAUAACAGAGACUAACGCAUGCGAACGCUAUGUUAAGUACAUUGGCACGGCGAACAAUAAAUCUCCUUCGUCGCGAGAUAAAUACCGUGAGGAAGUUCGAGAUAACGAGAACGCGGCACGAGAGAGAUUGGAGGAAAGUCAGAAUGGGUGAUGCACCAUCAUCGAGGGCUGACCCGGUCGUCAUAAAGCUGGACAGUCCGGAGUUUCGUUCCGUCUUCACCUCGGAAUUGCAGAGCCUCGCGGGCCUGUUCAAGAAGUAUAAUUACGAGCUGAGGAUCGCCGGUGGCGCGGUGCGCGACAUCCUGAUGGGUAAACGGCCCAAGGAUCUCGACUUCGCGACCGACGCCACGCCGCAGCAGAUGAAGGAGAUGUUCACGAGGGAGGAGGUCAGGAUGAUAAAUGAGAAGGGUGAGAAACACGGGACGAUCACGGCGAGGAUAAACGACAAGGAGAACUUUGAGAUCACCACUCUGAGAAUCGACAUUCUGACCGACGGACGGCACGCGCAGGUGGAAUUCACGAAAGACUGGAAAUUGGACGCUAAUAGGAGAGAUCUGACCAUCAAUUCCAUGUUCCUCGACCUCGAUGGCAGGGUGUACGAUUAUUUCUAUGGUUACGACGAUUUAAAGAACAAGAGGGUAGUUUUUGUAGGCGACACUAGCAUUAGGAUACGCGAAGAUUAUCUUCGAAUCUUAAGGUACUUUCGUUUUUAUGGAAGAAUAAUGGACAGCCCAGACCAGCACGACGAGGCAACGAUAGAGGCGUUGAAGGAAAAUAUCGACGGCCUGCAACAGAUAUCCGGUGAGAGGAUCUGGAGCGAAUGGAACAAGAUCCUGACUGGCAAUUUCGCCCUGGAAUUGACCCUGAAGCUGCUCGAAUGCGGCAGUGGCAGACAUAUUGGUCUACCUGAACAACCCGACGUGGAAAACUUCCGAAACGUUUAUCAGCGCGCGCAGUCCAAUAACGUGACUUUAAAGCCUAUAUCCCUGAUCGUAUCGAUGCUGAAGGAUGAAUACGAGGUGAUAAAAUUACACGAGAGAUUGAAACUGUCUAAUUCCGAUAGAGAUCUGGCGCUCUUCCUGGUGCAGCACAAGGAACACAAGCCCUGCGAGAAGUCAUUGAAGCCUUAUCAGCAGUUGGUCCUUCUUCAGCAAACGAAGAGAUACGAUGUUCUUCAAGACUAUGUGAAGGAGUUAUUGAGGUAUCGUGGUGCGAUGCAGCUUCUGAACGAAUUCGAGCAAUGGGCAAUUCCGAAAUUUCCUAUUAGCGGCAACAUGUUGAUGGAACACGUGCCGAUGAAGAAGAUAAUCGGCAGCGUCUUGAUUGAACUAAAAAGAAUAUGGAUUGACGCGGACUUUAAGCUUACCGGCGAACAGCUUAUGGAGCAUGUACCGAGUAUAGUCAGUGAAUUAGAAGAAAAAUACCAAACGCUACAUAAAGAGAGGAAAAAGAAGUUGAAAAAAAUGAAAUAAACGUUUUUGAAAUACCGAAGUAGUUUUGUAUAUCUGCAACACAAACACUAUAUGCUAUUUUACAAACAGAAGUUUUAAUAGGUUUAAUAGAUAGCUCGUUAUUUUCUUUAGACCAAAUAGUCUAGAUAGUAAUUUAUUGUUACUAAACAAUAUCUUGUGAAAAAGGUGAAGCAAUUUUGUAUUUCUAACGAGGCAAAUAAAUACCUUGUAUAGAAAGAUGCAAAGGUAUAAAUAAAGGAUGUUAUAUUAAUGACUUA